AUGAUCAACGCCGUACUAGUAUUCAACAAUAACGGCCAGCCGCGUCUGACCAAGUUCUACUCCCAGAUUGACGUCUCACUGCAGCAAAAGCUCCUCACCCAGAUCUUCUCCCUCGUCUCAAACCGCCCUGCCUCCGCCUGCAACUUCCUCCCCCUCCCACCCCUCCUCGCCGGCUCCUCCUCCUCAACAUCCUGGAACACCAGCGCCGGCGACGAACCCACCACCCUCCUCUACCGUCACUAUGCCACGCUCUACUUCAUCGUGAUCAGCGACUCACUCGAGUCACCCCUCGGUCUCCUGGACCUAAUCCAAGUGUUCGUGCAAGCGCUCGACGCCCUCUUCGAGAACGUCUGCGAGCUCGACCUCAUCUUCAACUUCGAGACGCUGCACGCAACGCUCGAGGAGAUGAUCAUCGGCGGGUGCGUCGUCGAGACGGAUCUCGGCAAGAUUGUCAAGGCUGUGCGCGACGCGGGGAAGGUUGCGAAGCGGCCGAAGGAGCGGAGUGUGGGCGGGGGAGGCGGGUCGGGCGGUAAUGUGGAAUGUGGAAUGUGGUUGUGGGUAAUUGAUUGGCAUGGCGUUUGGGAUGGCCGGGAGGGUGGCUGCUGCUGGUACGUACGUAGAUAUCAAGUAAUAUCUAGGAACAAGCAGCCAAAUACUGCGCAGUUGUAUCCGUAA